UACUGCCUCUUCCGAGAGGCUUUUUUUUUUUUUUCUCUUCUCGUCGCGGCACCGGGCUACCGGCGGGGCAAGAUGACGUCACAGCGGCGGGACGCACGCAGGCGGAACGGCGCUGCGCGGCGGCGAGUCUAUGACGACUUCAUGGGCUCAGCCAAAAAUGUGAUCAGCGAAUCUGUUGACGCAGAGGAGAAAUAUAACAUGAUGGCUUCUUUCCAACGCUCUAACAGUCACGACAAAGUCAGGAAAAUUGUAGCGGAGGAGGGUCGCACUGCAAGGAACUUGAUUGCUUGGAGCGUGCCACUGGAGAACAAGGAAGAGGAGGGAAAACCGAAGUGGCAGGUGGGAGCAAAAUCGAAGAGGAUAAACCAAGGAACACACAAAAUUAGCAAACAGAGCACGGCGCCCGAUUGCAAAAUCCCGCCAGUCUCCGGGGAGAAGGCCUUCUAUAAAAGCCCCACCAAGACAAGGCAGCCGCGGAAAGUGGACCUCCGGGCUCGAUACUGGGCAUUCCUUUUCGACAACCUAAGGCGCGCAGUGGAUGAAAUCUACGUCACUUGCGAAUCGGAUCAGAGCGUGGUCGAAUGCAAAGAGGUGCUGAUGAUGUUAGACAAUUACGUGCGGGAUUUCAAGGCCUUGAUCGAUUGGAUUCAGUUGCAGGAGAAGUUGGAGAAGGCCGAUGCUCAAAGCAGGCCAACCUCGCUAGCCUGGGAAGUCAAGAAGAUGUCUCCAGGGCGUCAUGUCAUUCCCAGCCCAUCGACCGACAGAAUCGGCGUGACCUCCAACGCCCGAAGAAGUCUCAAUUUCGGAGGGCCUCCUGCGACCGUUACCUCGAACCGUCUGGCUCCUUCCGGGGUCAGCUGGGCAGACAAAGUCAAAGCCAGCCACCCAGGAGCAGCUCCCCAUUCGGAGAAGGCGGCAGCCCAGAGCCAGGGCCCCCCUGCAGCGCAGAAGCCCUCCCGCCGAACGGAGAGGAGAGAUGCUGAAGGCUGGGAGACGGUCCAGCGAGGGAGACCUGUUCGAUCCAAAUCUUCUGCUUUGGUCCCCAAAACCACUCUGUCUGCGGAAUCAUCGCACUUGAAGGAUGACAGUGACAAAGAAAACGUCAUUCUUCCUCCACCGGUCCACAAACCAAAGGGUUCAUUGGCCGAGGACAGCACGUCGAAAAAUGUGGAUCCCAUCCCGAAAGACCCUUGCCAUCAGUGUGAACAUCCACUCACGGAGAGGACUCAGUUUGCAGGCCGGGCGUUGGAAGACCUCAAGGUCUCCGAGAAGAUCGUUGGACCUUUGCUACCCGUUUCUGAAGUGCCGCUUGUUCUCAUAGACGUCGAAUGCAACUCCGAGAGUCCACAGGUGGACGGCCACAUCGCCUCCAUCGCUCCAAAAAGUGAUGAAGCAGAAAAUGUCAAGAGCGAAAGCGAAAUGGACCCUGCAGAUAUUUCAAACUCCAUGGCCGAGGUGCUCGCUAAAAAAGAGGAGUUAGCGGACCGCCUGGAAAAAGCCAACGAGGAGGCCAUCGCGAGCGCCAUCGCCGAAGAGGAGCAGCUGACGAGAGAGAUCGAAGCCGAGGAGAACACCGACAUCAACCUAGAAACGGACAACGACAGCGACUUCUCUGCCAGCCUGGGCAAUGGCAGCAUAUCCUUCUGCGGCAUUUCCAUGGACUGGAAUGAUGUCCUGGCAGAUUAUGAAGCUCGUGAAUCGUGGCGCCAAAAUAAUUCCUGGGGAGACAUCGUGGAAGAAGAACCAGCUCGCCCACCGGGCCACGGAAUCCACAUGCACGAGAAACUCUCUUCUCCGUCUCGCAAGAGGACAAUUGCAGAAUCGAAGAAGAAGCACGAAGAGAAGCAGAUGAAGGCUCAGCAGCUGAGAGAGAAGCUCCGCGAAGAGAAAACGCUAAAGCUUCAGAAAUUAAUGGAAAGGGAAAAAGAUGUGAAAAAAUGGAAAGAAGAAUUGUUGGACCAGAGGCGAAGGAUGAUGGAGGAAAAAUUGCUCCACGCAGAAUUUAAACGUGAAGUGCAGUUGCAAGCGAUCGUCAAAAAAGCCCAAGAGGAAGAAGCUAAGGUGAAUGAAAUUGCAUUCAUAAACACGUUGGAAGCCCAGAAUAAGCGCCACGAUGUUCUGUCCAAACUGAAAGAAUACGAACAAAGACUGAAUGAAUUACAGGAAGAGCGCCAACGAAGGCAGGAAGAGAAGCAAGCCCGCGACGAAGCUGUCCAGGAACGGAAACGAGCUUUGGAAGCGGAGCGUCAGGCCCGGGUGGAAGAGCUGCUAAUGAAGAGGAAAGAACAAGAAGCUCGGAUUGAGCAGCAGAGGCAGGAGAAGGAGAAAGCCAGGGAAGAUGCAGCUCGGGAGCGGGCCAGAGAUCGGGAAGAGAGAUUAGCUGCUCUGACCGCAGCCCAGCAAGAAGCCAUGGAGGAGCUCCAGAAAAAGAUCCAGUUGAAGCACGAUGAGAGCAUCCGGAGGCACAUGGAGCAGAUCGAACAGAGGAAAGAAAAAGCCGCCGAAUUAAGCAGCGGAAGACAUGCCAACACGGACUACGCGCCCAAGCUCACCCCCUACGAGCGAAAGAAGCAGUGUUCCCUCUGCAAUGUUGUGAUUUCCUCGGAGGUGUAUCUCUUUAGCCACAUUAAGGGGAAGAAGCAUCAACAAGCCGUGAGAGAAAACAGCAGCAUCCAAGGCCGAGAACUCUCCGAUGAAGAAGUGGAACAUCUCUCCUUAAAGAAAUACAUUGUGGACAUUGUGAUAGAAAACACGGUUCCCUCCGAGCCUGGAAAAGACAGCGAAGAGAGGCAGAGGUCAAAAAAGAAAGCCAAGAAAUUGAAGGCACGGAUGAGCUCAAGGGCAAAGGAGUACGAGAACGGAGUGGAGUCCAAAAAUGUCUCCUGUGAGUCUCCGUACAAAGCAAAGCUACAACGACUGGUGAAAGAUUUGCUGAAGCAGCUUCAGAUUCAAGAUGGUAGCAAAAUCUCUGCUCUGGAUAGGAUUUUGGGAGAGGUUUCACGGAUCCUGGAAAAAGAGAAUGGGGCAGAUCAGGUCGCCUUCCACGUGGCUGGUGGGUUUUCCGCUCUGGAGCAAGUCCUUCAAGUUGCGACAGCGUCCAUCAACCUGAACUCCGUUUCAAGAAUCCCUUUGAAAUCACUCUGUAGUACAAUCAGCGCUUAUUAUCUGGCCUGCAAUAACUGUCUGGAAAACUGCUCCUAUGUUCUCUUCAGCAACAGGAUUACCUUUUUAACGGAUCUGUUGAUGCACCAAUUAAUGGUGUAUGUCCCAGAUGAUCACAAUGCUACCUCAGGAAGAGCAAUUAACAAGCAAGCUUUUGAAGGCCUAAUAACUGGAGUGCUCAGGACCCUGGCUGUAGUGUUUGGGUCUCUGAUGUCCAACCUACCGAACGCUAAUAACCAAAUUUGCGUGCCAAAAUUGAUUCAAGAUAUAAAAAACAAGACCUCCCAAGCUGAAAUUUUUAACAAUAGGAUACAAGACCUCAUCAGCUACAUGGUCAACAUCGGCUUAAUAGAGAAGCUGAGCUGCUGCUUCCUCUCUAUCCAAGGCCCAAUUGACGAAACCCCCAAAACGGCGGCUUUCUUGCAGAACUGCACCGCGGCCCUGCACGGGAUGUGCCAGCUGUGCUUCGCUGUCAAUGGCAGGUCCGGAAGCAUCUUCGCUGAGACCCACCAGGAUCCCACCGGGCUGGCGGCGGCUUUCAAGGCCACGGAUCUGGUGGGCGUUUUGCACAUGCUCUACUGCGUUCUCUUCCACGGCACCCUGGUGGAGCCGAGCGCGGCCAACCCCAAGGAAAGCUUCAUGGCAAACACCCUGCAAGUCGCUCUCCAGAGUUUGCGCUUCUUCAAUAGUUUUGCUCUGCUGGAUCUCUCCGCUUUCCAGUCGGUGGUUGGCGCCGAAGGCCUCUCCCUGGCAUUCCGGCACAUCAUCAGCUCCUUGCUAUGGCACUGCUCCCAUCACACCUGCGAAGUGCUGCUUCACGAAGUUAUUGUCUGCGUGGGCUACUUCACCGUCAACCAUCCAGACAACCAGGUAAUUGUGCAGUCCGGCCGCCACCCCACCGUGCUGCAGAAGUUGUGCCAGUUGCCUUUCCAAUAUUUCAGCGACCCUCGGCUGAUCAAAAUCCUCUUUCCGACACUAAUUGCCGCUUGUUACAAUAACCCACAAAACAAGAUCAUUCUGGAGCAAGAAAUGAGUUGUGUGUUGUUGGCCACUUUCAUUCAGGAUUCUACACAAGGCUCGGGCCAAACAGACAACCAGCCUUCGCAACAAAGGGAAACAUUCUUCAGUUCUCAAGAUUAUUUGGAGCUGUCAGACAGGUUCCCUCGGCAGACCUGGGAAGACGCCCGGGAGUUUUUCUUGAAGAAAGAGAAAAAAGGAUAAUUUAUUGAAUUGUUUGUUUGGUUUCGUUUGGUUUUGCCAAGAAGACGGUUUGUUUUUGUUUUCUUUUGUUUUUUCCCCUUGUUGAGCAAUUUCGGUUGUCUUGAAGAUGACGUUGGAAGGAUUCUACGAUCUUGGCAACGCAUAUAAUGUAGAUAAAUAUACAUAGAGAGAGGAAGCACAACGUUCUCGAUGUAGAUAAUAAGCUACGGGAAUUCCAACCCCCAGAUGAUUGAGCCUCCAAGCCCUCUAGGAGAUAUUGCUGCUUUAACAAACAGAAACAGAACAUCUUUUAAACUUUCUUGAGGUUGCAAGUUCAUGCAGAAGCUUAAAGAAACAGAAUAAGAGAGUUGGAAGGGACCUUGGAGGUCUUCUAGUCCAGCGGUCACCCACCGACAGAUUGACUCACGCAGAGAUCUCCUACACGAGACACUAUUGAUCUUGAGCCCGGAAAAAAAAAAUCAAUAUUGCUUAAAUAUCACCUGGCGGACAGCGGCAAAUAAAAAUAGAUAUUAUUGCUGCGCUUAAGAGCCUAAUGAUGGAGGAACCCUUUGCGGUGCAAUGCUGUGCAAUCUGUGCAACUAGGGCUUAGGCCCCAAAGAGGAGCUGCACCUACUUUAGCGCUUGUUCUGGAACCAGACGCGGAUCACGCGUGGGCUCAGGCCGGUCAUCUCCACCAGCUGCUCCUUCAUCAGCGCGUCCGGCCGCGGGUUGGCCGCGUAGCAGGAAAACUAUUCAACUUUUGAGAUGCAAACGGAUAUGGUGGCGUUCCCUGCAAAAAAAAAAAUACCGAGUCCACAAGCCGUGUGAACGGAGCCACGGAGCUAAACGGAGAUCCUGGCAGAUUACCCGCCUCGGGAUGGUCCCACAGCACAGGUGGGACUCAGAAGCCACGAGAAAGCGGCGAAGGGCAAACAGGUAAAAAGGCUCUUUUCGUUUACUUUUCAUCUGCACAAGAAUUGGAGCUGCUGCCGGCAGGAUUUCGAGGCGAAACUGGGAGCGAAACGGGAGGACAACCCCGACUUUUGGCCAGAGCGAGCUGCAGACUCCUUUCCUUUCGAAAUAAAACUCCCUCGAAAUCCGUGGGGGUUCAUGUCCGAAGAAGUCGACGCCCCCCCUCCUCCCGCCUCAGGAUUUGUGCACACAGCCCACCAGGUUUCUUAGAGAAAGAAAACCCAGAAAGAAAUCGAAUCUCACUCAGACGAAUGCUUUCUCUGAAGUAAAGUCAACAUUUAAUAAUCCUUCAAGUACAGAUUUAUUUGAAUUUUGGAGAAUAUUAACGAACGACUAACAUUUAUUUCCUCAAGAGAAAAAGAAAUUACAUUGGUUAUAGUUUUCUGGUGGACAAGCAUUCUUUGACCUACUUUAUAGAUUUAUGUUUAGGUUAUUAUAAUAAUAUAUCAUAAUUAUUUGUCAAUCUCUCCUCAAAAUGCUAUGGAACUUUCAGAUAAAAUCAAACAGGGCUAACAUAAUGCGAGACAACAGAUAUUUUGAUAAUAACAGAAUCAGUAUGCUUACUGAGGAUGGUUUCUAGAUCUGGGUGUUUUGAUUUGAUGAAUGGACAUAAUCCGUUCCUAGAGUUGAAUAAAAUAGCAGGAAAAUAUUUUUUGAAGAUUCAUGUAACUAAAACAAGCUCUUCUAAGUUAUCCAAUCACAUCAGUGGAUUUUGACUUACAAAACUGAUCCGUGGAUUACACGGUUUAUCGAUCGAUGGACAACUUCUUGCUAAAUAAUUGCCAAAGGUUUUGAAAUGUAAAUGAAUGAUCACAUUUGCAAAUGCUUUUUGUGAACCUGGAAAUUCUGGGUUUGAAACUUUCUCCCUAAUGGAUUAGCUUGUAACUGGAAGGUAAUUUAUGUAAGAAGGAAUUUAUUUCCUUCCCUUAACAUGAAGCUGUGUAAAUCCAUUUGUAUAGCACUUCAUGUGCAAAUUUCCAGGCAGAGCUUAUGAAAAGUAAGCAAAGCUGAAAAGAAGGCAACAUUAAAUGCAUCCUACUUCAGAUUUCUCCAAAAAA